AUGUUGACACCACCAAGUACAGCCGUGCUACUCCUAGUGCUUAGCAUCGCUCCUUUUCCUACAAUCGCACAAGCAUCUAAUCAAGCGACACUACUAGCUACCUCACCAUCGCAAUCCUCUACCAACCCUUCAGCUGUUGCCGACUCCUCAGACUCUACCGCCAUGUCGUCCUCCUCUUCCCAGUCCUUCUGGGACAACCUGAGCAAGCAUUGGACAGAAGCGGACAGCACAAAGCAGACGUUCAUGGCUAUUCUGCUCGUCAUUCAACUUGUCGCUCUCUUUUUCUUUAUCAAAAGCACCCUCGACAAGAUGUUCGGAAGACGUGCAGAGUAUCGCAACCAGCGAACAAAGAGGUUCGCACGCAGAGCUGCCAUUGCCGCCGCUGGUGGUUCCUCCAAAGCCGGCAUUCCUCUCAGCCAUCAGCGCCCUCUCUAUCGCUCUGACGCCAAGCCACAACUCCCGCCGAGACCAACGCAGGACCAUCCGCUUGCUCGACCUUCCACUUCCUUGUCUCCUCAGUCCGCUUUCCAGACCACCUCCACCGGCGACAUCAUUCUCCCCUCUUGGACCGAGUCGGGUCCCACGCCACUCAACAUCAUUGUUGAAGAGCCAGAAGAGGGCCUUUCCCGUAGCAACUCUCCUCUCUCAUCACGGCCACACUCGCCGCUUUACUAUCGCGACUCCCCUCUUUCGCCCGUCUUUCCUGCCCGCCAGGAUAUGCCCCAACAACCCUGGUCAGCCCGCUCCGCCUCACCUCGUGAUAACACUUCCCUCAGGCUUCGUGAACGCAACGACUAUGGCAUGCUUCCCUUCUCCAUCGACCGCUCCUCUACUCCAGACACUCGUCUCGAAGAUGUCAAACGUCCCUUGAACCGUUCCAUCUACCAUGAUGAGCCAUCCUCCCACUUCCCUCCUCAGUCUCCCUUCCCAGAACCUUGCUCUUCACAAUUUAUUUCGCCAGCUUAG